GGGAGGCUCUCCAAAUUCUAUUCCACAAAUAAAGAAGAAUCCCAGUCAAGCUCUCGACUUUCGCCAAUGGAGCUCGAGAUGGAGUCCAUGGCGUCGGCGAUCGGGGUCUCGAUCCCCGUGCUCCGGUUCCUCCUCUGCUUCGUCGCCACGAUCCCUGUGAGCUCCGUGUGGCGAUUCGUCCCCGGUGCCCUGACGAAGCAUCUCUACGCUGCGAUCUCAGGCGCGGUUCUAUCUUACCUCUCGUUUGGCCUCUCGUCGAACUUCCACUUCUUGAUCCCGAUGGCGCUUGGAUACGCGUCGAUGAUCUUGUGCAGGAAGUACGCCGGGAUCUUCACCUUCUUCGCUGGAUUCGGUUAUCUCAUCGGAUGCCAUGUGUACUACAUGAGUGGUGAUGCAUGGAAAGAAGGUGGAAUUGAUGCUACAGGAGCACUGAUGGUUCUGGUGUUAAAAGUCAUUUCCUGCGCAAUAAAUUACAGCGAUGGGAUUUUGAAAGAAGAAGAUCUACGUGAGGCUCAAAAGAAAUAUCGGUUAAUACGCUGCCCAUCUAUAGUUGAAUAUAUAGGUUACUGCUUAUGUUGUGGCAGUCACUUCGCAGGCCCUGUAUUUGAAGCUAAGGAUUAUCUUGAAUAUACUGAAAGGAAAGGGGUUUGGGCACCUUCGAAGGACAAACCAGCACCAUCACCUUUUGGCCCGACUUUGCGUGCUUUAGUUCAAGCAGCUGUUUGCAUGGGUUUAUACUUGUAUUUGGUACCGCAAUUCCCACUUUCCCGGUUCAGUGAACCCAUGUAUUAUGAGUGGGGUUUCUGGCAUAAGCUUUUCUACCAAUACAUGUCAGGAUUUACUGCCCGGUGGAAGUAUUAUUUCAUCUGGUCAAUCUCAGAAGCAUCAAUAAUUAUAUCUGGUUUCGGUUUCACUGGUUGGUCAAACUCUUCUGCACCUAAACCCCAAUGGGAUCGUGCAAAAAAUGUUGAUGUACUUGGCGUCGAGCUUGCAACUAGUGCUGUUCAGUUGCCUCUUGUGUGGAAUAUACAAGUCAGCACUUGGCUAAGAUACUAUGUUUAUGAUAGGCUUGUUCAGAAAGGAAAGAAGCCUGGAUUCCUCCAGUUGCUGGGUACACAAACUGUCAGUGCUGUUUGGCAUGGAUUAUAUCCAGGAUACAUCAUAUUCUUUGUUCAAUCAGCAUUGAUGAUUGCAGGUUCACGAGUACUAUACAGAUGGCAGCAAGCUGUUUCCCCAAAGAAUAUGCUUGUUCGAAAGAUGCUUACAUUGACGAACUUUGCAUAUACCUUGCUAGUUCUGAACUAUUCCUGCAUUGGUUUCCAGGUACUGAGCAUGAAAGAAACCUUGGCCUCAUACAGAAGUGUAUAUUUUGUUGGCACCAUCAUCCCUAUCAUUCUUAUUCUCCUGGGUAACAUCAUUAAGCCAGCUAAGCCUGUCAGGACCAAGACCCAGAAGGCCCAAUAAUAUUUGCAUCCUUAUUCAGCUGCUGGAAGAGAAUUGGCAAAUAAAAAAGUUAAAAAAAAAGUUAUGGAAGAGGGGGCUUAAAGAAUUUAAGAUCUUGGAUAUUUAUCUUCCCUCUGUUAUUUGUGAAAGAAUUAGGUGGGCAGUUUUCCUUCUUGUUCGACUGUAGCUUUCCCCCUUUUUUCUCAUCAAUUUUAAGUUGUGUUGUACGCUAAGUUAAGUUACUUUUUUCCUUCAUCUCGA